AUGGACAUCUUCCCGGAUUCCUGCUCCCCUGAGCCCUGCAGGGUGCCACAGCUGGGGCCGGCCCUGGCUCGCAAGGAUGUGCCGCUGGGAGAUGUGCCCUGCCGUGGGCAGGGCGGGGGCACUGCCACCCCCCAAAUAAACCGGUUAGGGAGACAGAGCACGGGCGAGGGUGCAAGGGACGGGGAUGACUACAUCAAGAGCUGGGAGGACAACCAGCCCGGGGAUGAAGCCCUGGACACCCCCAGGGACCCCUGCCAGAAGGUGAAGUGCAGCCGGCACAAGGUGUGCGCGGCGCAGGGCUACCAGCGUGCCAUGUGCAUCAGCCGCAAGAAGCUGGAGCACAGGAUCAAGCCACCGGGUGCCAAGGGGCAUGGGGGCUGCAAGCCCUUCCAGCUCGCUGCCGUCUGUGCCUCUGCCGGCCACACCUACAGCUCGGCGUGCAAGCUGGAGCAGCAGGCGUGCCUGGCCAGCAAGCAGCUGACGGUGCGGUGCGAGGGGCAGUGCCCCUGCCCGACCCCGCAUGGCCCCGCUGGCGACAGCAAGCAAGAGCUGUGCACCGGGCAGGACCUGGCCGACCUGGGUGACCGCCUGCGCGACUGGUUCCAGCUCCUGCGGGAGAACUCCAAGCAGAACGGCUCCGGCGGCCUCCCCGCCAGCCCCGCCAGCGCGCUGGAGAGGAGCGUGGCGGCCAGCUGCAAGGAGGCGGUGGGGUGGAUGUUCGCCCGGCUGGACACAAGCGAGGAUCUCUUCCUGGAGGCGGCCGAGCUGGCCGCCAUCAACCUGGACAAGUACGAGGUGUGCAUCCGCGCCUUCUUCAACUCCUGCGACACCUCCAAGGAUGGCCGCGUCUCUGCCCCCGAGUGGUGCUUCUGCUUCUGGAGGGAAAAGGAGGCGGCGGGAUUUUCAGGCGACUUUGGGAGCAGCGUGGGCUGGGAGGACGAGGAGGAGAAGGAGCCGGAGGAGGCGGGCGAGGAAGGCGAGGAAGAGGAGGGCGAAGCAGGCGAGGGCGACGACGGUGGCUACAUCUGGUAG